AUGGAAGAGGCCGGGAGCAGACGCUCCCAUGUGACCGGCUUGCCCUCCUUCACGCCGCCCGCAAGCUGCAAGAAGAAGAACGAGACUGCGGUCGGGAGCGUGGGAGGGAGAGGGAAGGACGGAAACAGUGCUGCUCGUCGCCGCUCGUCACCUUGCGACAGUGCUGGCGGGAGCGUUCAUGUGGGGCUGCCGGAGUCGUACUCCGCGGCCCCGGCG